GUGUGCAGCAAUGGGCAGUGUGUUGAGAUACAGAUGGCCUACAGAUCUACCAACUGUUCCAACAAAUGCAAAGGACACUCUGUAUGUGACCACGAACUGCAGUGCCAGUGUGAAGAAGGAUGGGCGCCACCUCACUGUAAUGACCCCACAGCAAAUAGAUAUAUCAACAUCAUUGUUGUAGUUGUAAUAGUAGUCUUAGUAGUCAUUGCCAUCAUCCUUGCUGUUCUCUUCCACUGCUCCGUUUUAAAGAAGAAACAAAGUCAAAGCACUCACAAAAGCGUAGCUGGAGACACGAAUCCUGCCUUCUCUGGCCCCGAUCAGAAGAGGAAACAGCAUCUUGGCCCAGUGUCCGGUCAUUCCGAGAUGAAUUUGUCUAGAUUUCUCCUCCCCCCACCUUCAUCCCAAGCAAAUAAACCACCAGUCUGUGUUCCAAUCGCUGCUCACCCAUUGGGCCUUGCCGCCAGCUGA